CGCCAUAAUGUAAAUUGCUUCUCGAUUUGGCGUUUGAGUUAAAAAUUUUACAUUUUGAUGUUAAAAAUUCGUUUAUAAUGUAUAAAUAAGACAUUUAAAAUGUCCUUAGUUAAUAUUGGCUAAGCUCUAGCAAUGGCUCAAUAUUACCAGAUAGUUGGACAAGGCCAGUCAUUGACUCUUGAGGAUCUACAAAGAUACUGCCCAAACUUAUGCUUGGAUAGGAUAAUAGUGAACCAAGAUGAACAACAAUAUGCACAACAACAAGUGGUGGUACAACAAGCAGAUCCUCAAAAUGAUAUUAUAGUAAGCGAGGGGGUCCAGUCUCAGUUGGUUGUGAGUGAUGGCUUACAGUAUCAACCCCAGUACAUCAUCAGACAUGAAGCCCCACAACCUCAACCACCUCCACGCGCCGACUUCCAGCAACAACAGCAGCAGCAACAACAGCAACAGCAGCAACAACAACAGGCAUUGCAUAGGCACCAAGUUUACUACACAUCUGAUUUGCCUGUGGAUGCUCAGGUUGUCUUACAACAGGCUCAACAGAUCAUUGAUGCAUCUUUGAUGCAACAGUCAUCUCCACAGCGACCCCAACAUCAGCUAGUAAGCCCGGCGCACGUGCUGUCGCAGCCGACCGUGAUACACCCCGCCCAGCAGCCCCCGCCGCAGCCGCCGCCCCCGCCCGCACCGCCGCAACAUGCUCCGCAACAGACGCAAACGCAACAACAACAGCAGUUGUCUCGGGCGUCGCCGCAACUAAUCCAGCACUUCCAACAACAACACCAGCAACAGAUUCACCUGCAACAGUUGCAACAGCAGCAGUUGCAGCACCAACAUCAGUUGCAGCAACAGCAGCAACAACAACAACAAGUGCAACAACAUCAACAGCACUUGCAACAACAACAGAUUCCACACCAACAAGUUGUUAUGCAUGCUGCAUACAUCAAUCAAGCUAGUGCAGGCGGUCGUGCAGGCGCGCCGCGGCUCCUGAACCCGACGCUGGGCAGCGGCGGCGUCACGCUCGUGCGCGCGCCCGUCCGCCCCGUGCGCCCGCGCCGCCCCGCGCCGCGCGCCCAGCACGCGCCCGCCCCGCAGCAUGCUCAGCAUCAACUGCCGCGCAUGCUCAACGCUGUCUCACCGGGCCAGCCAUCGUCAUCCGCGGUGGGUGCAGUAGUGGGCGGCGCGGGCGCGUCGAGUCCCGCGCGGGUCCCCGCGCCGCGUGUACUCAACCCGCAGGCGGGACACGCACAACAUCGCCCGCCCCGGCCGCGCACUCCCAUACAUCAUCAACUACAGCAACACCAACACGGCCAGCAACACUCGCCGCACCAGCUCGCCCAGCACGUCCUCGGACAACAAGUACACACCCAGCAACUCAACCAACUCAAGCUCACCACUCAUCAACUCCUCAACCAACAGAACCAAUCACAUGCACAGGCCACUCGAAUAAUCACACCACAGGGAACAAUAGUAACACAGAAUCUACCUACACAAAUGGCCCAACACACUGUAGUACCGACAAAUCAGAAUAACGGACCUCUACCUCAACAGAACGCAUUGACGACCAUUCCUCAAAGAUCUUCGCCGCACCCACAACAGGUGCAGCAAGUUAAAAAGGUCGUGGUGCAACCAAACAACGCUAGUGACAUGGACGAUCUCGAAGAAAGUAUUACCGCCGCCAUACUGACGAAGCACUCGGUGAAUGAGAACAUGAAUCAAUCGCCGCAGCAGUUCCACGCGGCGCCGCCGGCGAUGCGGCCCAACCACGUCGCCGGCAACGUCGCGCAACCACAUCAACAGAUCAACUUCAACUCGCAGCAUCAGUUCCAGCAACAGAUCUACGACCAACACACGCAACAUCCGCAAACACUCACACAACUGCUCAUGGAACCUGAUAUGGAGGAGGAGCGACAAGUAUUAACCCUAACCAAUGGCCAGAGAAUUACUCUUGCAGAUUACAAACGGAUGCAACAACCACCACGAGCAAAUAUACAACAAAUUAGAGAUACUGGAAGACAAAUGUUAGUGAGAAGUAAAGAGCCGCAGAGACCUGUGCAGAGAGUGCCUCCCAUGCAAACUCAACAGAUCAAUGCCUCCCAACAUGCUUUCUUUGUAGAAAACAACGAAGUUUCUGGACCCUCGGAAACGGUAUCCGAAACGCAAUCUGCAAAAAUGUUAAUAUUCCUACAAAAUGGUGAACAGAGGUUAAUCACCUUCACACUGCCUAAAGAAAGUUGCACCCUUCAAGAAGUCCUAGAACAGGUGAAUGUUCCUUUUACGGAAGAUACUCACAUACAAUGUAUGCAGAACACAAGCAGUGAGAUUGAUUACUUUGUGUCAGUGGGCUCAACAACUAGAAUCGAGGAGAUGUUAGAAAAUCAUCCGAUGUUACUAGGAGAUAUGAGUGGUGGGACCUCCCCUACAGUAAUAUCACAACCCCAAAGUAGUGAAAUGUCUACCCCUGAAAAAUCCCAGUGUCCAGAUGCAAGCAACAAUAGUCCAGAAUCUCCAGGGCCGCGGUCGCCACCACCGCGACUAGUUGAUGGCAUGUUGGCUGUCUGUAAAUCUUGUGGCUACACUGGAUACGACUUUAGCCGUUGUGAACGGUGCAAACGAGUAUUUACAGAGGAGCCUAAAGGUGUGCCUAGCAAAAAAGUAGAUCUAAAGAAAAAGGAACCAGAAAAGUCUGGUGGAAUUUUAGACAAACAGGGCUCAUGUGGGGAUGGAAUAAAGCUAAAUUUACUAAAGAAUACAAUGAAGACGCUAAAUAAUAAAACUCCUGUACAAGAUAAGAAGCCACCUAGAGUGCGAAAACCCCGCGGUAAACAACCAGACCCAGAGCCUGUCAUACUGACUCUAAGCUCAGAUGAAGAAGAUUCAAAUAGCUCUAUGCUGAGUCAGCAUGAACACUCAAUCAGUAUGAAAGAACCAUCCCUGAGUGAAAUUGAAGGUGGGACCCCAGACAGUGGCAUUGGUAUCGACAUGGAUGAUGGCAGCAGAGAAGAAAUCAACCAGAGUUCUACUCAUGUGACAUCACUUAAUUGUCGGACCAUCAGAAUUGGAUCAUACCGAUAUACACCAAAAGAAAAGGUAUACAUAUCAUCAAAAGGUAUAAAGAUUGUUGCUCCCUCUCUAAAGAAUGAGUCUCGGGAUGUGGCUCUACAAAUACAACUCAAAGAGGUUGUUCGGAUAUUAGUUCAUUUCGGUAAAGGAUUACCUGUGAUUUUUUUAUAUACUAUGAGCAAAUGUGGUACCUACAUCAGAAAAGCUUUGGAUAUGACUGAGGACUCGGGUCCUUAUUAUAAUCCAAUGUCAAAGAUAGAUCCCUUCAAAAGGAUAACAUUACUCCCAGAAAUGAUAACAGAUGAAGCUAAAAUAACAUUAAAAACUUUAUUUGGUAAAGUGAUGGAUGAGCUGAAUGGCCGUGAAGCCAAUGAUAUAUUAGUAAGGACUUGCCCUAAAGACAGCAAUAAUAUUUCUAAAAUGACAACGAGAAGUGCUUCCACUGCUUCUGGAGCUAAAAGUUCCAAUCCUGCAGAAAUAAGACAAAUUUUAAUUUAUCCACCUGGUAAAGGUGGUAUACCCAUUAACACUGAAGACUACAUGUGCCUAGCCCAAGACCAGUUUCUUAAUGAUGUUAUUAUUGAUUUUUAUUUGAAACAUUUAGUUCAUGAUGUUUUAACAAACAUUCAGAGAGAAAAGACUCAUAUUUUUAGCACAUUUUUCUAUAAAAGGCUAACUACUAAACCAAGUAAAGUGAACAGAAGUUCUAAUCCUCACGAAUGGGAUAGUAAUUUAACACCAGCCCAAAAACGACAUGCAAGAGUCAAAACAUGGACAAAGAAUGUCAACAUUUUUGAAAAAGAUUUUAUUGUGGUUCCUAUUAACGAAAAUUGUCAUUGGUUUGUCGCUAUUAUCUGUUAUCCAAGCUUAGAUGGCUGUCGGAGCACAAUUGAUAAUCGACUUGUAACCCCUCAAGAGAUAAAAAGAAAAGAACGUAGAUCAUCUAUGCAAAUCGGUAAUACAACAAUAACACCAUUAAAUAAGCAGGAACAACUUACAUUAAGUUGUGACUCAGAUAAUCUUAGUGAGCGAGAUGAGGCUGAAGCGGAGGAAAGUGAUUUAGAUAUGCAGUGUGAUUCGGAGGAGGAGGAUAAUACUGAUAAAAAUGCUGUGGAAAAGAAAAUUGAAAUUCAACCAAGUCGAAAAUUAGAACCCAUCAAACAAUCAGCAAUGGAAACAUCUGUAACUCAACAUGGGAAAGAUUCUAUAAUUAGGCCUUGUAUACUUAUAUUCGAUUCAUUAGCCGGAGCAUCUAGAUCUAGAGUUGUAGCCACUUUAAGAGAUUAUCUCACUUGUGAAUAUCAAGCUAAAAUCUCUCAAAAUAAAAUAUUCAAUAAGGACAACAUCAAAGGAAGUUGUCCUAAAAUACCACAACAAAAUAACUUUACAGAUUGUGGUCUGUACUUGUUACAGUAUGUUGAACAGUUUUUCAAGGACCCUAUAUUAGACUACACAUUGCCAAUAAAACAACUAGCUAAUUGGUUUGAUGAAAUAGUAGUAACACGAAAACGUGAAGAGAUCUCAAUUUUAUUGAAAACAUUAAUGCACAAAUAUAAUCCAGACUCGCAUUUGGCUUUGCCUGAUAUUACAUUCCCUACUUUAAAUGGUAAAUUGAUUGAAACUGAAGAACAAGAAGAAGGUUCGGAAGGCGAUAAAGGCAAUUCAAGCAAAUCACAAAAACCUGAAGGAAAGGAGUCUGAAACACCAACUCUCACAUUUGUAAAACAAAUGCCAACUGGUGACAUAGUAGUAAAGCGGAACUAUGCGGACUCUUCCGACACUAUACACUUGCGGAAGACCAUUAGACUGUCAAGUGAUGCAGAGAAUAGGUCUAUGGUCCAAAUAAAACAAGAGUUCAUCAAGAAAGGUGAUAGCGAAAAUCAAAUAUUGAUUCCUAUUAAGUUACAUACAAGUGACUUGGUUAAAGACAUUCAAAAUACAUUAAUAGUUAAUAAGAAUAAUAAAAGUUUGGGUGAUAAAAAACAUAGUGUACAUAAUCAAAAUGUAUCCAAUUUGAACUGUAUUCGACAAAACAUUGGUGAAAGUGACAGUCAUUCAUUCCUAAAGUCGAGAAGGGUAAAUAAACUUGAUGAUGUGAUGAAUGAAACAAGUAAAAAAUUUAAAAAGAAUGAAUGUUGAAACUUGUUGCCUGUCCAUAUACCAUGUCUAUUAAAUUAUUAUUAAUUUAAUAAAAUGUAUAGUUGUUUUAUGGACUUGUAAAUAUUAGUAAUUAAUACUAUUAAC